UUUUUCGUUUGCAACAUCAACAUCUACAGCCUAGCCUAGCCGAUAGAAAAUUUGCCGGCGAAUAAAUUGACAUCAUUCGGUUUUGCAAGUCCAUCGCUUAGUGUCAGUUCGGGCAAGCGUCUCACAACGGCGCAUAGGACAAAACUGUGUAGAGAAGUGAUUGCCGCAGGGCGGUAAGAGACGAACCUCAAUUCGAAAAACCCAAGGAACUUUUCUGGGGCGUGAAUCAGUUUUGGGUCGAGACCCCGUUGUGCAACCACCAUGUCGGUAUGUCGAAACUCGCGAACGGGUUAAAGCAUGGGACUCUUGAACUUGAAGAUCAGCAGCGAGUGGGACAAGAAAACGAUGCAAUAAAAAAAGCAUCACCGCAAGGACGGAAAGGAAGUAGUUAUUUCAUGUGUACUUUCUUUUCGUCGUGCAAGAAACCUGUAAUACCGACCAAUACACCAAUACAUGAAACGUCGAUUGAAACAAGCCUCGCUUGUUGCAGGGCGCAUUCGAAUUGUUUCGUACUUUUUUGUGAGCAAGUCAAAAAGGUACGAGGACAGCAUACCGCGGCCCGUUUUUUUUAAACAUAGUGUAGAGUCAGCUGUGAUUUAGUUGAAAAUUUUCGAGUUCGCGGGCUGAAAAAAGUGCUUUAACGAGCAUAUGACUUGCAGUGCUGCAAACCACCCCCAACGUUGGAGUUGGCGGAAUGAAAUGCCUGUUGCCAAAAGCGGUGAGUGUGCCAACGUUUGUGUGUGUGUGCUAUUAGCAAAAGGCACACAUUGAACUUAACAGUUGCAAAAAUCACGCGAUCAUUACAGUAGCAAGUGUCGACAUUAAUUAGAUUCACAGUGAAACAAAACAGAGAAGAAGAAGAACUCACCGCCGAAGAAGUACAACAAAUGGAAAAAGUUGUGAUUGAAACCUCUUGCCAUUAGUCGCUGCAGACUCGAGAAAGCAUUCAAAGAAGUGAAAAAAUAAUAAUAAUUUAUUUCCUAUUGAAAACUGAUCGUUCUGUGUGAGAGUAAAUUAUUUAUUUAAUAUAAAUUAAGAAGAAGUGUUUGUGGUUCGCGUUGGCUGGGGGAAAACGGAGCGUUUCGAUGUGACUCUUUGCGUUAGCCCUUGCCCCCAAGUCCCGGACCGGACAAUAGAGACGUGUGCUGAUAUACGUUAUAGAAUCUAUUAGCUAAACAGAAAACGAAGAAGAAGAACAAGUCGAGGAAAGAAACGUAGUUGAAGAGAGAGGACCACGUCAUAGUAAGUGGCCGCUGUUGCUUCGCUAGCAAUCAUGUCGUCGACGAUGCCAGUGGUUUGGUGCACUGAUCCGAACUCGUCGGAGAAACGGCAAGCUUUCGCACUUCAAGGAAUCCAGCUGCAGGGCAACAUCACCGAGAAGCAUGUGUUGGCGAUGAAAGAACUCAUCAGUGCCGCAUCCGAAGGUCGAUUACUGUUGCCUAGUGAUGGAGCUAUUGUCCUGCUAGACUGUGGCCUCAGCAUCGGGUCGAUGGUCAUUGAGGGCAAGGCUGGUCGAGAGGUAGCCAAGGGUAGUAGUAAUCAUAAAUCAAUCCUCCCGGCCGUACCCGAGGGAGUGACCGAUGUCAGUAAUUGCACCGUAACAGCGGCGGCAGCCCUGCAGGAGGAAAGUAAUAAUGCUAAUGGGGAAGAUGUCGAUAAAAUAGUUGAAAACGUCGCUGAUGGAAGUACAAUGGUGGCCGGAGGAGUGCUUGCGGCAGAAGAUGACGCAUUCCUAGCUGACCCUACCAUAGAUGAGAGCAAACCACCUGAUCUAUACGGUACUACCGUUGGUGAUACGGCGGAAGGAGGAGAGGAGCUGUACGAAUUUCUCUGCUGUGCCAAAUGUAUGAACGAUCCAUCGUCCAGUUGUUUUAAUCCACCCAGUCAUCGUAGUCGUAGUUUAAGUUCACUUAAUAACAAAUCACAGCUGUUGUCCCGGUUUCUGAAUGGUCGGGCUAAAGCACGGCUGUACUGUGAUCCGUUGUACAACAUCUCCAAUCGGUACUUCAAGAGGUUGGUCAACCACAAAGGCUGCAAGUCUCGAACCGAAUCUCGUCGGUACGUGGUGCGUAAGAGUUCUCUUCGAAGCGAUCGAUCCGGCGGAGGAAAGGUAGCGAAGAAAAGCAGUGAAAAUAUUCCAAUUUAUGCAACGAUUAACAAGAAAAUGAAAUUGAAAUCCCGUCUCGAGGCAUUGCGACGUCAGAACAUUGACGCCAGCAUCCUGGCGUUACAAAUCGCGCUCGACAGUCAGCAGCUGAUCAAGGGCAGAACGAAUCACGACGCAGACUUAGAACCAUCAUCGCAAAUCAUCAAUCAAUCAUGUUCAUCGUCACCCGCUGCCGGGCCGUUGCAAUCAAAGCCAUACAAUAGUUCCAGUAGGAAAACUAGUUUCGAUUCGACCUGCACCGUCAGUUCCAUGGAUUCUGGCUUUAUCGAUCAACAACAGCGACAGCAGCUGAAACAACUGCAACUUCAACAGCAACAACAUCAACAGCAACAACAACAGAAGAAGAAAAAGAACAAAACCAGCACCAUUGCGGAUCAGCCAAUAACUACUGUUACAUCAAACCCAAACGCUUCCGAUGAUGGAAAUCAACACAAAACAGAAGAACUAACAACAGUGAGCAAGGAAACCGGUAAUGCUACUACAACUGCGAACGAGAGUUGCUUCAAUGAGCUGUCCAAGCUGCAGAUAAAGGAGUGUCUGGUGACACAAUCGCGAAAUCGUCGGAAAUCGUACGAGGAAUUCAAAUCGCUUUUUCGACAGCAGCAGCAGCAACAACAACAGCAGCAGCAAACAGAAGCAAGCCGAAGUCGUUUGUCUGUGGUAAACGAAAAGCCCGCCAUCGGUUCUGGCACUGAGGGCCAAGAUGCCAACACUAGUAAUAACGUUAGCAUGAAAACGCGACGAAAAUCUUACGAAGAAUUCAAAGCUUUAGUCAAAAUUUGUGAUAGUAGCGUUAGUAACUUAAAGCCAACAUCGGAAGAGGAGGAAGAGGAGGACGACGACGUGGUGGUGGGGGGCAAGCAGUUGCAGCAACCGCAUACGAUCCACUCGACGACGGGGGUCGGUGCGUUGUUCAAAAUGAAGCGCAAAAACUCGCGUCGCCUCAGUCUGAAGAAAGCGAAAAUGAACGAUAAGUCUGACCAGCAGCGGACUGUGGAUGCGAAAUCCGGCCCGACAGUGAUUAGCAAUAGCGUUAGUAAAAUUAGCGAAUCCAAUAGUCAUGUUCGAGGUAGCACAAUUUAUGACAUCCUGCGAAACCAUCGUCGCGGCAGCAAACGGGACGAUGCGAACCAACAAUCAGUAUCGGUAUCCCUCGGUAAGGGGCUAUCGCCAUUUCUAACCGACGAGAUCUAUCGGAAGAACUACAAAAUCUAUGACAAACUUAUUUCGUACGGAAGCAAAGCGUACAAAAAAUACGAUAAAUACAUGACAUACGGAACGAUUUAUGAAAUUCUUCAUCGCAAAUCCGAUGCCGCCGAGGAUGUGUUUCUACGAAAGCGUGCGUUAUCGGAAAAGUUCGCGAAGCGAAAGGUCAGCAUUAACUCACAGUACAGCUCGCUGAAAUUCGGUACCAUUUAUGACAUCUUGCAAAGCAAGCAAGGUGGUGCUGUUGAGUCCUUAGCCGGUGAUCAAGCCCCUAACGACACCGCGGAAGGAGUCGAGCCGGUCAGCAAUUCGAACACACUUUCCACCAUCUAUGACAUCAUUCAUAAAAAAUCCGAUUCUCCCAAACAGCAGGUGAAGAAUCGAUUUCUGGUGAAAAAAAUCACCGAAGAGGAGCUGCGAAAAGGCAACGAAAACAAUCGCAACGAAUUAAACAUGGUUUCGGAUGGCGGAAAAAGCCAGCAAAGUCCACCGCAGUCACCGGACUAUAUGACCCCCAAGCUGGUCGAUGCAGCGAAGAAACCCUCCCGUGCCCGUCGCUUUUCCAACAUCCUCUCGUACAGCCCACGAAGCCCGCCGGAACAGAGCUCCUCCCCGGAGUCUAGCAAACUCGCCGGCAAUACGGCCCGUCUGAAAAAGAUCGCCGCAAGUGACGAAGAUCUGUACAAACGUGCCACCUCCAAGCAUCAUACCCACCGAAACAGCCAUAACCUAAAUGAACCCUAUCAGGAGGACAAAUCUCGUCAGCCCAGUCCCAAAGAUGACGAUCUGUACUCUCGCAUCGGAAAGAUGCGCAAAUCGGCCACCGCUUCCAGUGCUCUCUGUUCGAAAAUCGAAGAAGGUUUCCCGCUGGACAGUUUCAAGUUUCCUCCGGAAACUCGAUACAAACCGCACACCACGGGCGGAAGCCGCCACGAUCGGCUUCUAGUGCCCCAACCGGGUGCCAUUUUCAAGUCCAACUCACUGGACAUGCUGGCGCCAUCGAAGUUCGCUAAAAAUCAUCGAUGGCACCACAGCAAGCAGCAAGGACCGGUGCGUAAACUCUCUCCCGUCGUGAUGCCGCGUAAAUCGAACGCCUCAACACCGUCUCCCCAGCAGAAGAAGAGCACCCGACGGCUGUCGGAGUUCACCCGGGGCGAGUUCCUGAACGAGAAAUCAUGGUACUUCCGGAAGAUCAAAAGAAUAGAGGCGGAGAAAAAAUUACUACUGCCGGAGAACGAGCACGGGGCAUUCUUGAUCCGUGACUCCGAAAGCCGACACAAUGACUACUCACUAUCGGUGCGCGACGGCGACACCGUAAAACACUACAGAAUCCGACAGCUAGACGAGGGUGGUUUCUUCAUCGCCAGGCGGACCACUUUCCGCACCCUGCAGGAACUGGUCGAACACUACAGCAAGGACUCGGACGGUCUGUGCGUGAAUCUCUGCAAACCCUGCGUUCAGAUCGAGAAACCGGUCACCGAUGGGCUGUCACAUCGCACCAGAGACCAGUGGGAAAUCGACCGAACGUCGCUCAAGUUCGUCCGUAAGCUCGGUUCCGGCCAGUUCGGCGACGUGUGGGAGGGACUGUGGAACAACACGACGCCGGUUGCCAUCAAAACGCUCAAAUCAGGUACCAUGGACCCGAAAGAUUUCCUCGCCGAAGCUCAAAUCAUGAAGAAACUACGCCACAACAAGCUGAUCCAGCUGUACGCCGUCUGUACUCUGGAGGAACCGAUCUACAUUAUCACCGAACUGAUGAAGCAUGGCUCGUUGCUGGAAUUCUUGCAGGGCAAAGGCAGAAACCUAAAACUUCCGCAGCUGAUCGAUAUGGCCGCCCAAAUUGCGGCCGGUAUGGCAUAUCUGGAGUCGCAAAACUAUAUCCAUCGUGAUUUAGCCGCUCGAAAUGUGCUUGUCGGCGAUAACAACAUCGUUAAGAUUGCCGAUUUCGGUCUAGCGAGAUUAAUUAAGGAGGAUGAGUAUGAAGCUCGGGUAGGUGCACGAUUCCCUAUUAAGUGGACAGCGCCGGAGGCUGCUAAUUAUAGCAAAUUUUCAAUUAAAUCGGACGUGUGGAGUUUCGGCAUCCUGUUGACCGAGCUGGUCACCUACGGAAGAAUACCAUAUCCCGGUAUGACAAACGCUGAAGUGCUGACCCAAGUGGAACACGGGUACCGAAUGCCACAGCCCCCGAACUGCAAUGCCACUCUUUACGAAAUCAUGCUCGAGUGCUGGAACAAGGACCCAAUGCGACGACCUACGUUCGAGACGCUACAGUGGAAGCUAGAAGACUUCUUUACAAUGGACCCAAGUGAAUACAAGGAGGCGGCACCCUUCUGAUAAAUAGCAAAUAUUUGCACACUCGGUUCUGCUCUUAGCACCGCUAUCACUGCUACAAAUUCUGCUACGGCGAUGGCUACUACUACAACUACUGCAACAACAACAACAACAAACGUUUCCAAAGCUGAUGGAAAAACUCGCCACCACCGCCGGCAAGCACGUCUUCACCGCCAGGUACUGCUAUUUAUUUAGAGAUUCUGCUACUUCAAUUGACUACAUAACUUUGCGCCCCGUUGCCAAUCGUCAUAUAAUUACGCAUGAAAGUGUAAAGGAUUGUCUAGCUCGCAUCCAAAUCGUGCUUGCAUUCAUUUAGAAAUACACAAAACAAACAAGACGAACAUUAGGAAUACGAUAUUCUAUCAUAUUUUUUUUCGCUAGACUAUUUAGCUAACAUUUAUGCCACCUCAAACCGAAAUCUGUAGCGUUUUCCCUAGUCUGAAUUUCUUUGCAAUGCACCGUGACGCCGCCUUUGCAUAGAAAUGUCGCCCGAACAUCACUCGUUUGAAAUAUUAUUCAUUCCUUUUAAAAAGAAAAAUCGACACAAACAGAAUCGUAAUAGAGCAAUCAUAAGUUUAAGACCGUCAUACCUAAUCGAGAAUCGAUGAACUCGCUCGCAUCGACAGCUCAGCAAACACUGUUCUGAUAGUUACGAGGUUGAAAAAAGCGAUUAUGUGUUUUUUGAUUAUUUGUAGUAAACACAGUUCAUCGAUUUGCUGCUGUGUCCUGUGUGUUAGGUUCUAGUAUUGCAUUUUUCCUUUUGUCUCGGGAUGUGAACGCCACACUGAACGCAGCAAGUGUUUCACUCGACAACACGUGGUAUUACCUUUUUAAUGUAAGACUUUUCAGUAGAUCGCAAAAAAAUCGCAUACUCGUUCUUAGUAAACUGCAACUUUCUUGACCGACCGACCCGACCAAUGGACGUUAGAUUAACACGCACACCUACGCCUACGUAAGUGGGAUUUCAUUACGGAAAUUUUCAUUAUCACUGAACAUCAUUAUUCGAAUAGAUAGCAGGAGAGUUUAGCGAUGUCUUUUCAACAGAUUAUCUGUUAUCUUUUGCUCUGAGUGUAAACACUCAGUAGACACUCGCGUUCACUAUCAGCAAUUUGGUAUAUGCAUUACAUAUCGCAUUUGGAUUUCGAAAGAUGCCAUUCACCAUGAAUAUUGUGAUGGAGUUUGACACCUGACAGCUACGUUAUUCAAUGGAUUAGUCUAAAUUGUUUUGUUUUUAUUUUUUUUAAUUGUAAAUUAGAAGGAUUGGUGAUAGAAAAAUUUUGGCAAAAAAAUACUGUCCACAAAAUUUUUUUUAAUGAUACCAACCGAUAUUCACGGUGAAUCACACGGAGUCUCUUGCUUGAAUCUGAGCUCAUCAGCCCCUUUCGACUCGCAAAUCCAGUUCGCUUAAAUCUUCUGAACAUACCAACUCUUACACUUGUAAAUAAUACUGAUCACUAAGCCAACAGAUAAAACUUGAACACAAUAUUAAGUUUAAGCAACAAAGACAACACUCGUAAUCAGCGAAAUUUCGCAUUAUAAUGGACAACAAUAACGGAAUUUGUUCGAUAUAUUAUGGAAGGAAGUACUAUCAAGCGUAAAUAAAUUAUUUUUUGCAGUACAGUAGUGACGUUAAAAUGGAUCGCUCUUUGACGAUCGGGGAAUAAUUCCGGGAUGGGUUGUGUCCUGCUUUAUUUCUUCGCACGCCUCAAUCGCUAGCAUCGUUGCCUCAAGCUUCGAAUUUUUAGUAUGUAUAUCAUAUUUAUCACAUACUGGCAAAACAGACUGAAUCAAAUUGUUUCAAAAUAAUCGUUUGCUGGGUAUAAUAGUUAUCUUUCGCACAUGUUGGUUUAAUUUUAUUCAUCUCGUUACGCCGUGCACCAUUACAUUUAACUGUACAUUUCGCAUUGCCUCUAGAUCAAGUUUUAUAUCUCUUCCAUUCUAUUAGUAACCCACGCAAACAGCGAUUCUGAAAGGACAUUUGGGACUCAGCUUAACGUGAAGCUAUUGUAUUUUUUUUAUAAAAUGCUUCACGAAAAGGGGACUCAAAACAUCCCUUUUUGUAUAUUAAUUUCGUUGAACGAUUGCAAGAAAAACCAGCAAAAUUGCUGUUCUAAUUCUAUGUGUUAGUAGAAUGAUUAGGAUCUUAAUAUUUCAAAUAACGUGCCCCAAAACCGUUUUCUAAACCCCGUAAAUGAUAAAACAUAAUACACUCGAAACUAUUCUUUCAUUCAAAUGUGACGCCACACCUUAUACAACACUUGAAAAAUACAAAUGUUAAUAUAAGAUAAAUUUUGUCGGAAUUAUCGCACACUGACUCAAGCAAAAUAAAAAAAAUCAAAUUGUAUAAUUCGAAAUAAUAUUUUCUCAACUUGAAACUACCGGCUGUUUCGGCUGUUGUUGUUCGUCUAACGGGAAAAAAAAACAAACUGAAUAGAUAACACAUUUUCAAGCACCGCCGCAUAACCUUUAUCCGUCUAGAAGAAGAAAAAGAAGAAUGUCACACUAUUUACGAGGAAGAACACGGAAAGGUGAGCCACCGCGCUUGAAUCGUAUGUUUCAUGAUAUUUUCAAUUGUAAAUGUUGACAAUUAGAGCUAUAGGUAAGAAUACUAAACUAUAUAACAAAACAAAAUCAAUGGAUGACGAUGAAGAUAAGAUGAUGAUGAUACACGAAUAAAAUGAACGAGAUAAUAAAAAAAAUAU